AUCCCUCCCUCCCCCCCUCUCCUCCUCUCCCCCUCCCUCUCUCUCUGCUGCGGCUGCUCCUCUAUAGGCGAGCUCCACAGAACCGACAGGACCGGGACCAAGACCGGGACCGGGACUAAAGAAGAGCGAGGAGAACCAUGACGGAGAGCACGAAGACCCACGUCAUCCUGCUGUCCUGCGGCAGCUUCAACCCCAUCACCAAAGGACACAUCCAUAUGUUCGAAAAAGCCAGAGAAUAUCUGCACAAAACGGGACGCUUCAUUGUGAUCGGAGGGAUCAUCUCACCGGUGCACGACUCCUACGGGAAAGCUGGUCUCGUGUCCAGCAGACAUCGCCUCACCAUGUGUCAGCUGGCCGUGCAGAGCUCUGACUGGAUCAGGGUGGACCCCUGGGAGUGUUACCAGGACACCUGGCAGACCACCUGCAGCGUGCUGGAGCAUCACCGCGACCUGAUGAAGAGAGUCACCGGCUGCAUUCUAUCCAACGUCAACACGCCGUCAACCACUCCUGUGAUUGGUCAGCCACAGAACCAGACCACGCCCAUCUACCAGAACAACAACAACAUGAACCACACGCCCACAGCCAUCAAGCUGUGGGGGAAGAUCAGCGAGAGUUUGGGCAAAAUCUGCUGCGCGCGCCCGCACAUCGAACGCUUCACCUUCGUUGAUGAAAACGCCAACCUGGGGACUGCGAUGAGAUACGAGGAGAUCGAGUUGCGCAUCUUGCUCCUGUGUGGCAGUGAUCUCCUGGAGUCCUUCUGCAUCCCUGGCCUGUGGAAGGACAGUGAUAUGGAGGUGAUUGUGGGAGAUUUUGGGAUCGUGGUGGUUCCUCGUGAUGGCGCCGACACAGAGAGGAUCAUUAAUCACUCCUCCGUUCUGCGCAAGUUCAAGGACAACAUCAUCGUGGUGAAGGACGCGAUAAGCCACCCGAUGGCCAUCGUCAGCUCCACCAAGAGCAGACUGGCGCUGCAGCAUGGCGACGGCCAUGUUGUGGACUACCUGAGUCAGCCCGUCAUCGACUACAUCCUGCAGAGUCAGCUGUACAUCAACGCCUCGGGAUAGAGACGACAACAACCUGCCCGCAUGAAAACAGGGAGACUGGAGGAGGAGGGGGAGGGGGGUCCUACCUACUACCAUCAUCUAUUUAAAACACGAGCCCUCCUCCUCCUCAAUCGAAAACUUGUCUGUCUUCUGUGUCAAACAUAUACUCUUCUUUGAGCUGUUGCUUUCCAACAGGAGCGUUAGUGCUCCUCCUUCUGUCUGUGUCAUGUGACUUUACAUCAGGGGAGGGGGAGGGGGGUAUUUUGGGAGGUCUUGGGGACGAUGCACAGAGGUAACUCCUCAGGGCUGUGGCGGCGACGGCGGUGUUUUCUCUUUCUCGUUCUUUAUUAAGGUCUGCGAAUGCAUGACACAGUCGGGCAUGCUCAGUGUGCGCAGGAUCGUGCUGGGCGGGGCUUCAUGCAAGAACCAUUCAUGAGCUCAGGAUGCCGGCCCGGCUUACACAUCCACAGAUACUUAGUCCCAAUCUGAAAUACGGUCCACUGAAAGAGACAGACAGCUGCAGCAGAGCAGGAUGAUCCCCAUGAAUUUGUUUGAGCUGUUAAAGAUUUCGGCACAAUUAACCCCGUCACCAAACACCUGAUGUUCCACCAGGUUCCACCUUUAACCACACUUCAACCAAGAAGCGCCUCCGGCUGACUGAAGAUGACGGAGAGCUGCAGCGGUAAGAUCAGAGCCUCCCUGAAUCGACACUCCUUAUUUCCUUAGACCACGUGGACCAGUCAAAACCUCUAGGCUGGAUCAGUGCGUGGGUCACUCAGGUUGCAGUACCAUGUAACGGCCACUAGUUGCUGACUCCAGUUCAAAACCUUCUUGUUGGAUGACCUAAAUGUGUAAUGAUGGCGUGCAGGAAGUCUCGCCACGACCUCCGGCUCUAAACUGCUUUUCUCCACACACACCAGAAAUACUUUAAGGACCCAGAGCACCAGGCUCAGUCUGUGCACGGUGCAGCUACAGUAGCUAACACUGACCCGUAUUUCCAGUAAGCUGUGAAACACCAACCCCAAAUCCUUCCCAGGCUUUUCCCAGGCGUCACACUCGCACGGUGUCCGAGGAAGGAGCUCCAGGGUCGGAGCAGCGCAGGGCGAAAGGGUCUAGAAGCUUCAGUCGUCAUUCAAAACUAAAGUUAGAAAGAGCUCACACCAAGUGUCCGAGCGUGAUGACUCAGCAGCACCAGCAGGUGGCGUUAUGCUUCAUUGUGUCCAUCUUUAUUUACAGUCUGUGGCGUUCUUGCAUGAGGCCCGUCGUUUCCUGCAGCUCUUCUGCAAAAAUGUAACACCGCGACGCUGCUGCCACAUAAUCCGGCUCUCUCUUCCACACGUAGAUGCGCCAGGAACCAGAGCUCGGCACAUACUGCAGGUAACCAUCAGGCUGUAGCCAAGCUUAAGCUCUGCAGUGAUGAAGAUGAUGUCCUCGGCGGCAGCAGUGUUCAGCAUCCUUCCUCCUCGUUUGCUCCCGUUCUUAGACUGCAUGCUUAGACAGUUUGGUUCUGGCAUGAGUGUUUAUCACUUGGUAGAUUAUAAUCUGUUGUGAACGUGUUUGCAAAAAAAGAAAAACAAAAGAAAGAAGUUAAAAAAAGAUCAAAUAUCUAUAUGAAAAAAAUAAAACAUCGCUGCAGCGGGGAUCAUCGUCUCCCACAUCCGGCCAUUUCUAUUCGCUCUGUACAGAAGGCAUCCCCGGGACACGUACGAUUUCUACACGCGGUCAGGCGUGUGUGUGUGUGUGUGUGUGUGAGUGUGU